GACGGCAUAUCUCCAGCCAUGCAUGUUUCCUGUAGUUGCUGGUGACUCCUACCCUCUCAGUGUUUGUUCUUAGUAGAUUUUGAGCAUUGUUUCGAGGCAUCAUCGUGUGGCCUUUUUCUGUCUGUAGGUCUUCUGAUUCUCUGUAAUUGCUUUCCACGCCCACCAUGUUUUAGUUUGUGGAGGGAAUUGGGGUGAAUACCACUGUUUGUAAUCAGUUGAAGUAACUCGUUUAGUUCCUGACAGGGUUUAGGGAUUUAAUUAAAUAUCAUGCUGGUGUUGUAUUGCUGGUUUAAGCACAGGUUUUGGGAUACUUAUUUUGAAGAUGUUGCCUCACUAUGAAUGUUAAUAAUAAACACUAAUAUUUGGUCUGUUUUGACAGUUUGAAACUGGAUACAGUUUGAAAAAGAGAAAUAGAAAUAUGUUCAUGUACAGACAUGAGAACCAUCAUGACUCUUCUGUGACCUUUUUUCCUAUUUUUGAGCUACCAAAAUCUGCUCAGUUGCAAGUGUGUAGUGUUUUUAUUUAAAUACAAUAAAAGUUAAAGAGCCAUAUUUUAUCCCUUUUAUAGCAUUCAUCUGAAUGAUCAGAGCACAUGAGACAGGUGGAGAAACACGAUAGUGUUGAUGUAGUCAGGAGGCUGUAGAAGGACUUGGACAGAUUAGGAGAGUGUCCAAGAAGUGGCAGAUGGUUAAACAAUGUGUGACAGUAAGAGGUUAUGCACUUCUGUUGGAAGAAUAGAACAUAUUGGAACAUAGUGUUUCCCCAUUUAGAAAAUAGUCUGUGGAAAUCUGAAGCACAGUGGGUUUUGGGAGACCUGGACUCUGGAUUCCCUUAAGGUUCAGUUGGCACUAAGGAAGGCAAAUGAAGUGUUAGUAGUCAUUUUUGACAGGGCUAGAAUAGAAAAUCAAUAAUGUGGUGCUGAGGUUGUACAAGGUUCUGGUCAAGCUGCAUCUGGAAUAUUGUAAGCAUUUUUAAGUCCCUUUAUCUCAGAAAGGAUGUGCUGGUCUUGGGUGUCCAAAUGAGGUUCACAAGAAUGAUGUUAGGGAUGAAAGGCUUGUCAUAUGAAGAAUGGUUGAAGACUCUGGGUCUGUACUCAGUGGAGUUUAGGAAAAUGCAGGUGAUCUUGCUGAAACCUCAGUACUGAGGGGUGUGGAUGUAGUGAACAUGGAGAAGCUGCCUCUCCUCCCAGUGGAUACCAAGACCUGAGAGCACAGCCUCCAAAAUAAAGGAAUGACAUUUUUUUAGAAUGGAAACGAGGAGGCAUUUCUUCAGUGAUGAAGUGGGGAAUCUGUGGAGGCCAAGUUGUUGGGUGUACUUUAGCCUGGGACAGAGUUCUUGAUUGAUAAAGAGAUCAAGGAGGAUGAUGAUGAGGAGAAAGCAAGAAAAUGGGGUUGAGGAAAUAUUCCCUUUGAUCAAAUGGUGAAACAGACUGAUGGGCCAAAUGGCCUAAUUCUUCUCCUUGAAUCAUUUCUCCUUGUGGAAUUAAGGAGAGAACAGCCAGCUGGUGGAUCAUUCUUACUGUUGUUAUUGCAGUGUUGGUACGGAGGGCAGUCAGUUUGUGCAUAGUGUAAAGAUAUUCAGUAUUGAGAUAAAUGAUUAUCUAAUCUGCUUCAUUGUUCUAAAUUGAAGGCCUUGAUUUUGUUCAGAAUGUUGAGAAUCCCAUUGCUUUUGGAUAGUGCCAUUGGGUCCUUUUAAAUUUACAUUCCCCCAUCUAUUUUAGGUUGAACCAUAAACUUUCCCCAUUUACAAUAAUGAUUUGUGUGUUUGUGUUAAUGGUGACCGUAAUGACAUUUUAGUUUUCUGAUUAAAAGGCUUGUUUUAAAAAUUUUGCACUGAAUUCAUUUUAAUCUGAAUUCAGAUGUUUACACUUAUCUAAUAUGCAGCCUCCUGUAGGCUUAACUUUCCUCAAUGUCAGGGAGAUUCUUUAUGACACGAGAAACUUUGGAAGCAUACAGCAUGGAACAAUCUUCAUGUUUGUCUCGGGUUUUUUCCUGAGAGCUAUUCAGAAAGUUGUCCUGUUUUCCUUUUUUGUUAAUCAAAAGUACCUUUUGAGGUUAUCAGAUGCUGAAACUUUGCCCUUUAAGUUUCUUUCCUCACUAGGGUGCGGAAGAAUUUCUCCUCUUACUCAUACAAAUACUGAAUUUUUGAACACCAUUCUGUCUCCAGGUGAUAGUUCUAGCAUAUCUUGUCUCUUUGCUUGAUCAGCAAAACCACCUCCUAAAAAUCCUCCAUUAAAGAGCUAUUAACCAACUGCUACAGCUUCUAGUUCCUUUACACAUAUUUCAGUGGAUGUGACCUUUGCUAUUUUAUUUGGAAUGACCAAUUUUAUGUUUUAUCAUUUCAGAGCGAGAAGAAUGGGCCUCCGACAAUGCUAGGACUAUCAUGGGUAGUAUCAGGUUCCACUAUUUCUGUUAUGGAUGCCUUUUUGCUUCAUUACUUUGGACAUUGCUCCUGUUCAUCUAUUUCAAUCUAAAUUGGGAAAGAUAUACUUUCAGUAAUGUGCCCUUCCAGGGGAAUCCAGGAGUAGUGCAGAAAUUUCAUUCUCCAGUAAUAAACAGUCAUAAAUGGCUUCCUGAAUUUCAGCAACACAGUAUUCAGUUUAUAAAACCUGUUAAUAAAAAAUUGAAGAAAAUUGAGCCAUCGCCUGAGUUGGGAAGGAUUUUCAAUGAAGCUGAUCAGAAGAUUCGGGAUAUGGGAUACCAGAAACAUGCUUUCAAUGUGCUCAUAAGUAAUCGUUUGGGUUAUCAUCGGGAUAUUCCUGAUACCAGAGACCCAAAAUGUAAAGAAAAGAGCUACCCUGUCAAUUUACCAUCUGCUAGUAUUAUAAUCUGCUUUUAUAAUGAAGCAUUAUCAGCACUGCUUCGGACAGUUCACAGUAUCCUGGAUCGCACACCUGCAUACUUAUUACAUGAAAUUAUCCUGGUGGAUGAUAGGAGUGAUUUCAUUGAAUUAAAAGACGAACUAGAGAAGUACAUUGACAACAACCAACUUAAAAAAGUGAAACUAAUAAGGAAUGUCAUGCGAGAAGGACUAAUACGUGGCCGAAUAGUUGGGUCGUCUCAUGCAACAGGUGAUGUACUGGUUUUCAUCGAUAGUCAUUGUGAAGUGAAUGAGAUGUGGCUGCAGCCUCUCCUGACGCUAAUUAAGGAAAAUUACUGCACUGUAGUCUGUCCACUGAUUGAUAUCAUCAAUGCUGACACACUAAUCUACAGUUCUUCACCAAUAGUGAAAGGAGGAUUUAAUUGGGGGCUACACUUCAAGUGGGAUCCUGUGCCUGUGUCACUACUGACUGGACCAGGAGGAGCAACUGAACCAUUCAAAUCACCUACAAUGGCAGGAGGAUUGUUUGCCAUGAACCGGGAUUACUUCAAUAAACUUGGGCAGUAUGACAGUGGCAUGGAUAUAUGGGGAGGAGAAAAUCUGGAAAUUUCUUUCAGGAUUUGGAUGUGUGGUGGCCAGCUGAAAAUAGUUCCAUGUUCUCGUGUUGGGCAUAUAUUCCGCAAAUGGCGACCAUAUGGUUCACCAGGAGGUGUGGAUACUAUGGCAUACAAUUCUCUGCGUCUUUCCCAUGUCUGGAUGGAUGAAUACAAGGAACAAUACUUAUCCUUAAGACCUGACCUGAGGAAACAAAGCUAUGGUGACAUUAGUGAGCGUUUGGAACUGAGAAAGAAACUGAACUGUACCUCUUUCAAGUGGUAUCUGGACAAUGUAUAUCCAGAGAUGAAAGUUAAUGGACUAAAUGAAAAAGCCAGAAUACAACAGCCACUCUUUAUUAACAAAAGUCCCAAACGGUCUAAAAUACUACAGCGGGGAAGGCUGUACAAUUUACAGACGAGCAAAUGCCUGGUUGCCCAAAAAUAUCCUGAUCAAAAAGGAGGCAUCGUGGUUGUUAAAGAAUGUGAUUGGACAGAUUCAAAUCAGGUUUGGAUAUACAAUGAAGAGCAUGACCUGAUUCUGGCCAACCUGCUUUGUUUGGAUAUGUCAGAGACCCAUUUGUCAGACUCUCCUCGUCUUAUGAAAUGCCAUGGUAGUGGAGGGUCACAACAUUGGACUCUGGGGGCAAACAAUUCUUUGUAUCAGAUAUCAGCUGGACAAUGCCUGAAAGUGAUUGAUCCGGAUAGUCCUAAAGGAUAUGUUGCCAUGGCAAUUUGUGAUGGUUCAAGAUCACAGCAGUGGAAACUAGACAACUGACGUGAGCAACACUUUGAAUACUGUCAUAGGGAGCAAUUUAAACAACCUGAGACUGACUUCCAAGAUGAUUGACAUAAAAAGGAUGACAAUUAACGUUUGAGUAGAAAUGCUGGAUGUUGGUAGACUGUCCACUUUUAACUCAGUGGCUAUUUUAUCAAAAAUGUUUUGUCAGUUUUCUCCCCUUGACUUUUUUACCAUGAGUGAGAUUGAAAAUUUUAAUUUUGUAAAAUAUUUAAUCAGUUAUUUAUGUUUUUAAUUGUUUUAAAAAGGGGUCCAAUUGUUCAGCUGGUGUGGUAAUAUAGAGGCAUACCUUGUUCCAGUACUUCAAAGUAAAUUUCCCCUAGUGACUUGGAUUGUGUCUGCACUAUUCAAUGUGGUUAAGUCCCGUAGACAAGGAACUAUGCUUGAUGUACCUAGUUUCUUUCCCCUGGGCUAGAGAUGAGGAAACAGCCCAGGUGCCUGCUUCACUGACUCCUAACCAGUGUGCUUGGAUUUCACAAUGACAGAACCACAAUUUAAAUAGUCUGCUAGAACCCAUCGUCUGAAAAGAAUGCCUGCCUUUUGUGAGAGGUAUCACUGAGUAGCUGCAGUCCAACAACCGUACCAAAGCAUACUUGAAUGUUUUACCCAUUUCUCUUCCAAGCUCAAACUCUGCAAAAAUAAGUAAGUUUUACAGAAAUCACUAACUCAAAUGUACAAAAAAUACUUUUUCUCUACAUUGUCUGUUUGGGUAUGAUGAUAUUUUGAACCUUUGAUUUAUUAUUUGUUCUGGUAAUUAUGUGGUACAACAGACCAUAUGAAGAAGGGAGCAAUGUUAUUUUGGGUUGAGUGUACAACCUUGAAUUUUUAAUGAGUUUUUGUGAAAAACCUGCAAAAUCUUCAAGUUCAUUUUAACACUGAAUUAGAUAUAUAUCAAGAUGUUUACUUUGUGGAGUGACAGUGGUAGUAUCCCUGGACUAGUAAUCAAGAGCGCUGGGUGAGUAUUCUGGAGCUACGGAUUUUAAUCUCACCAUUGAACCCCAUCUGGUUCACUGAUUUGUAAAAACGUGGAAUUCCAUGGAUUCUGUAGCGACCAUGUAACUAGUGUUAAUUGCAGAAACAAAAAAAAACAUCUAGUUCACUGAAGUCUCUUUUCACAAGGAAAUCUUUCAUCCUUACCCGGCUGGCCUACAUGUGACUCCAGAGCCACAUCAGUGUGGUUGUCUUAACUGCCCACUGAAAUAGUCCCUGCAAGCUACUCAGAUCAAGGACUAAUGAGGGAAGGACAGUAAAUGCUGGCCCAACCCAGUGACGUGCACACUUGUUUUUAUGAAUUUAAAAAGUUGUGUUAGAUAGUGAUAAUGAUAGCUUGGUCACUAUUAUAUUGUUUAAAAGUAGUGUCUGCUUCAAGUGUAUGAAAGUUAUACUUAGAAUCAGGGGAAGUUAAAAGAACGAGGGGAGAGAAAGGAGUACUGCAUAUGUGGGAAACCUCAUUCAGAUGAUGUUUUAUCAUAGAAUCCCUACAGUGUGAAAAUAGGCAAUUCAGUCUGAGUCCACCCAGAACACUCCCCGCCCCCCCCAAACCAACUAUCCACAAAACUCUACAUUUCUACCUAACCUGCAUGACCCUUGACACUACAGGCAAUUUAGCAUGGCCAAUCAAGCUUACCUCUACAUCUUUGGACUGUGGGAGGAAACCAGAGCACCCAGGAGAAACUUGGGCAGACAUUGGGACAAUGCACAAACCCCACAUGGUCACCCACAGGUGGGAUUGAACUUGCCUCCCUGGCACUGAGGCAGCAGUGCUAACCACUGAGCCUCUGUGCUGCUCCAUCUUUCUAAUGUUACUAGCCUGUCACGUUCUCAUAAUUCAGCAAGAGAUUUUCUUCUGUUUCAUUUAACUCUUGCUUGGUAACUGCAAGAGGAUUUUCUUGUCCUCAUUGUGCAAUAAUGACAAAAACAGGAGGAUUUCUUCCACCAAUCUUUUCUAACCAACGUGUAAACCUGUUCUGCUUAUGAUUUCACUAGAAAACUUAAGAAAUCUUGCUGCUGAAAUGCCACUAAUUUAAUGAUCAGAUAUCCCUGAAAAAGUUGGUCCAGACUUUAGAACUGUUUCGUUUACGAGCCUUUCUUGAAUUUUCUGAUCCAGUGAUGUGCUAGUCACAGGGAUACAGCAGUAUAAUAAUUGCUACUGGACUAGUAAUCAGAGACUAAUAGUUCGAGGAACGUGAGUUGCAAGGAGCCAAGAAGUUGAAGCUUUCUGUCUUACAUUCAUCAGAAUUAGGAUAUAAGAAGCAGACUUAAACAAAAGAACACCAUUUUAUACAGCAUGAGAAGAGGAUGCUGAUUAGUUGGGACGUCAUUAACUAUAUUAAUCUAUAUUCAGUAUUAGUGACUUCAGUCUGCACUUUACCAUCUGUCGUUGCUCCAUUUCAAAAGUUAUGCAUUAACUAACAUGAUUUCCAAUAUCAGAAUCAGAUUUAAUGGUGGAUAUAAUUUUUUUGAUGCCUGCAAUCAUUGGUUGGUUGGCACAAUUCUGCUAUUUUGUGAUUGAAGCUACAUAUGUAAAAUGGGGUUCUGUGUAUUUAUAAAAGUAAAAGGAAUCUCAUACAUUGGCUGUCUCCAAAACCCUUUAGUUUAUUAAAAAAGUGCAGUUGCUGCUGCAACCCCAUGGGAACACACUAUCCAGUCACAGUUUACCUGCCUGACCUGAGUGUUAGCAGACAGUUUUAUGUUCUUGCUGCAUCUCCAAAUUAGUGAUGGCCCAACUAAUAGCAGCAUACUCUUUUCAUGUGCUGUAUAAAGUGAUGUUCCUUUAAGUCUGUUUCUUUCAAUCUUAUUCUGAUCAAUCUAGGACAGAAAGCUUUAACUUCUUGUUUCCUUUUAGAGUUGUUCCUUCUGGAAAUUUGAAAACCUGUUUUAACAAUUCUGGAAAUAGACAAAAAAACCCAGUAAAUGUGACCGUAAAGCUCUUGAAUUGUUGUUAUUUAAAAUAAAAUGGUUGAAAAUUUUCUUUGAAAGGAUACUCCAGUUCUUACUGUGCUCUGAAGUAGCCUAUCAACUGACAGUUAUACUAAAUGGGUCUUAUUACCCAUUUUGACUUCAAAAAAAUCAAGUUAAACUAUUCUUUUGCCAAGUUUAUUCCAAACUAAUUUAGUGAGUUUUCAUUCUGAGUUGCAAUUUCUGACCAAAUUCUUUUGCUUCAACCAGCAAGUGAAAUAAAUGUCAAGUAGACCAGAAAAUAUCAAAUAGGAUUGAUAGUUUCAAUAUUUAUUUACUUGAAGAUUUAUGUAAAAAUCAGUAGAAAGUGAGAAUCCAAGAUAACAAAGUGUGGAGCUGGAUGAACACAGCAGGCCAAGCAGCAUCUCAGGAGCACAAAAGCUGACCUGAUGUUUCGGGCCUAGACCCUUCUUCAGAUAAGAGUAGUGGUAUUUCACUGGCGGCCGAGGCCUCCCACUUAUUCUACGCCCCUCAUGUCUCUUCACAGUGCCAGACUAGAGUCAAGCUCGACAGGGUCUUCUUUCCCCGCUGAUUCUGCCAAGCCCGUUCCCUUGGCUGUGGUUUCGCUAGAUAGUAGGUAGGGACAGUGGGAAUCUCGUUCAUCCAUUCAUGCGCGUCACUAAUUAGAUGAUGAGGCAUUUGGCUAUUAAUUCCACUAUCUAUCAGUGUCUUUUCCAAGUUUUUACGUCACCUGUCGACGUGUCUUGUUAAGUCCACUAUCUAGCUCUUCACUACAGUUCUUAUGCAGGGAAUUAGGUCUGGUUUCCAUAUUUUACCAUCUGUAUCCUUUAUUCGGGGUUCCACAAAAGUUCUCCAUCCAUAUCUACUCACGAACUUAUAUAAUCUCUCCGCUAUUUUAUUAUGCCUCUUUAUUCGCAUAUUCUUAACUGCCAGACACCAUCCCGAUUUAUAUGUGGGAGCGUUUGUACUGAAGUAUCACAUCUCCGGCAAGUUUUAUUGCAGAGAGGUUGCCCAUGAGUUAAAGUUGUACGUGUGGGGUAAAUAUUGGCACGCAACAGUAAAGUAUUUAUCACCUUUGUCUUCAUAUUCGGGGCCAUCUUUAUCCAUGCAUUAGAGAUAUCAUCGUUCUUAAAAUACUGUACUCCCAAUCCUUGGCACUGUAAUGACUCCCAUCUGCAUAAUUCAACCUUCCUCCAGUCCCAGUAGUUCGAGCUCAGACUUUUCUCUGUCUAUCCCUUCUUGUUUUCCAAUUCUAGCCCUUCCCACCUGACCGGCCACACUUCCUGCACCGUCUUCAGUUUCAUCAAUUCUCUGUUGUCGUCGAUGUUUCUUUCAUGGCAAAACUGAAAUGACGCCAGAAUAACAAUAUCGUCUGUCAUCUCCAAUGCCAACCUUUUCUUCAAAAUUGCAAUUGGGAUUUGUAUCUCCAAUCUUUGAAUCCCUACGCCCCUAUCUCUGUGGGCAUAAAUUAUCCCAUUAGCUAUGUAUGAUGGUAGAUGUAAAAUAUCCUUUAUAAAACCACGAAUAAAAGAAUCUAACUUGCUUAAAACGUUCUGUGAUGCUUCCGCCAGGACCAAAUGAUAGCAUAGCCGAGGUAUAAAAUAUAUACGAAAGAAUCUCCAGUUUCUGUAACGGUCGGAGGGCUGCUUUCCGUAGGUUUACUGUCCAUUCUUCCAAGAUCCCUUCCCAGCUUUUCAACCGCACACCUAUCUGUGGAUCAAUCAUAGCUCCAAGAUAUUUCUCAUACUCGCCAGGGUUGACAUAUUGCACAGUUCUGAUUCCUAAAGUCCAUUCCUUCAUACAAUUAUAUAAGAAUGUUUUAUUCUUUUAUUGGAAAUGGAAGCCUUUUGUUUUUCAAGUAUUGAUUUUUAAGGCCAGUGUUAUCACAAAACCAUUGUACAAUUUUCAGAUUAUUCGCCAUACUCCUAUGAGAUUUGCUCACCAGAGCAAUAUCGUCCGCGAAGGCUAAUGCGGUACAAUUGACCGUCUCACCCUGCCACUCCAUUGAUACUCCCAUUCCUAGCUCCUCAAGCAUACUAAUCAGAGGGUCCAUCGCAAUAUUAAAUAACAUAGGAGAAUGCAUCUGUCCUAUAAGUAAUUGCGUUCUGGGUUUUUUUAAGCAUGAUUUUUUAAAUGGAGUAAUGAUGGUUGGUAUAGAGCAGGUUAUAGUCACUAAUAUUGAAUAUAGAUUCAACCAGUAUAAUUGUUCUACUCUGUAUACUUCAGUCCAUGAAUGUGAGCACUUAAGUAGAAAACCUAGGUUAUUAGUCACAUAGUUGGGAAUUUAGAAAAAUAAAUCUUUUGUACUCUGAAGCAACUUCAGCCAAGUGUUUAGCAAAGUUUUUUUUUAUAAUCAAAUUUACUGACAUUCUUCCUCCUUAAGCUACAUUCCCAGUUGAUUAAGUCACUUUGAGUAGAGACCAUAGACUCUAACAAGAAAUAACAUACUAUACGGACUCAUGAUCUGAAAUAUCAGUCCACAUCAUGCAGAAUACUUAAUUUUCAAAGCAGUUUUUUUCUCAUUUUAAAACUCAAUUAAAUUUUAGUUUAAUAAAUGAACACAACUGGAAAGUUGUCUAUUAUAACAUGAUUUGGUCGCAACUGGAUGAUUAUACUUGUUUUUUCUGAAUUGAGGACAAAGUUCAGGCCCAGUUCAAAAAAGGCUUGGAUCAUUUCUGUUUACAUAAAUGAUGCAGCUAUGACAUUGACUUACGUUUUGUAUUAUUGUAUGAGUAAUUCAUCUUAAGCCCAAGCAGCAAACCAUUGUAAAUUAGACAUUCUGUUCAUGUUACUUAUAGCAUUGUUAAUUGUUAAAAGAAUGUU